AUUUGCACUUUGGGACAGACGACACCGCUUUCUCGCAGGGUCCUAAAUUCUAAAACGUACGACCGCCUGUUGUUGUUGAUAUGUGAAACGUUAGCUCGUGUUAGCCAAAUUUCAGUGCAUCAUGGUGAAGUGAGGGUUGGCGUUGACAGCCGGCGGUGACAUGUGAGCUACUGCCUUGAAUUCUGCCUCAGCAGACGGUACCUGAGCUUACAUGUCGUUCAACGCUUACGUGUGAUACAUGUUUCUGGUAAGAGCGAGGGCUGGUAGUGGAUGUUGCUAGCUAACAUAACGUUAACGUGGUCCUAAGCUAGCCGACGUUAGUUGCCAGACCUGCCUGCUUGGUCUAAGUAAACCGAUACAGGGGUUGAGCUCAACUUUAGCUUCGGUCCUUACACAUGUCUAACUCCGCCGAAAUGACCCUGCCACCGGAGUGGGACGAUGACGACCGGAUGAAUUUUAUGUUCUCCGACUUCAAGGAGAACCGAGAUGUCAACACGACGGACUGGGACAGUAAGAUGGACUUCUGGACGGCUCUGAUCGUGAAGAGCUGCGGGGACCGCGGCACUGUGUGUGUCAAUCUGCAGGAGCUGAACAAGAUCUUUCGGAGGAAGGAGAAGUCACCGCUGGGCUUGGCGACUGUCCUCCAGUCCAUGGCCAGAUGUGGGAAGAUUCAGAGGGAGUCAGAGUUUGCUGCCAACAUGGACUGUGGCUGGCUGUCCUGGAGUGUCGGCCUGCUUCUGGUGAAGCCUCUGAAAUGGACCUUCUCCACUCUGCUGGGUAGCAGCCGGGUCCCUUUGGAGGAGUCCUUUGUUGUCAUUGAACUAGUGAAGGAGAAAGCAACAGAAUUACUCAGGGUCUACAGGAGCAGUGAAUUUGCAAGCCGCUCCAUCAUGUCAUUUCAAGAGCUCUGUGCUCUGUCCUCUGACGUCUGUGCUGAUGAGAGCACCCUGUGCAUGGCUCUCCUGCAGCUACAGAGGGACAAACAAGUGAUGGUUUCAUUGCACGAAGGCGAGAAGAUUGUUAAGUUUUGUCAGCCUGGGCAGGACUGCGUCUCUCCAGUCACUGAUGUGGAUGUAGGCAUCUACCAGCUGCAGCGCAGUGAGAAGCUGCUGGGGGAGCGGGUGAAGAAACUGGGCCUGGAGGCUGACAAGUGCAGAGAGGAGGCAAGGCUUCUGCUGAGGGAAGGGAAGAAAUCACAGGCACUGAGAUGUUUGAGAGGCCGCAAGAGGGUUGAAAAGAGAGCAGACAACUUGUUUGCCAAACUGGAGUCCAUCAGAGGAAUCCUGGACAGAAUAGCCCAGUCACAGACAGAUAAGAUGGUUAUGCAGGCAUAUCAGGCUGGAGUGUCUGCGCUCAGACUCUCUCUUAAGGAUGUGACUGUGGAACGUGCUGAGAACCUUGUGGAUCAAAUCCAGGAGUUAUGUGACAACCAAGAUGAGGUGAAUCAAACUAUAUCCAGUGGUGUGACCAGCGCAGAUGAAGACAUAGAUGAGUUGGAGGAAGAACUAAAAUCUCUGUUGGCCGAGUCAAAGCCAGAUUCCAUCUCAGGUUUACCUGAAGUUCCGACCAAUGAUCUGCGACCCUUCGGGGAGCUGGGCCUCCCAGGUAACGCCCCGCUCAGUUCUCCCCCCGCUGUGCCUCACAGCCACUUGAAUAUUACCACUGAGCAGCUGGAGGAAGAACUGAAUCGGUUAACCCUUACAGAUUCAGGGUUUCAACAGAAGAAAAUGACAUCAUCUGCCAAGAGAUUAGAGCCUGCACAGUGAUGGCUUCGGGCAAAACAUGGCAAGUUUCUGUUAUAACAUAUCAACAAAAACUGUAACUCUUAAAAAUGUUCUGUGAGCCAGAGUGCAUAGAAGUUUAAAAAAAAAUGUACGUCAGUACUAAAUUAGCAGUUGCUAAAUCAUAAUUGGAGGCAUUGUAAGAUAAAUAUCAGGAUGUAAACAAAGGCGCUUUACUCUGUUUAAAGAAAUACAAUGCCUUUACUGUGGAGGCAUGCCAAAAAGGAUUUUUUAAAAAAUUUUUUUCAUAAAUUAACUUUCAUAAAUGUUUAACCUGAAAGCUUUCAGAUCUGCUCCGUCACCAGUAUCUGAAGGCUCUCAAGUCAAAAAUAAAGAUUUUAAUAGUUUAAAAUAUCCGUUGGUAUGCCGCCACCAGCAGGAAUGCAUUUAAUUUUGUGGUAUUUUUGACAAUAAGACAACAACUGUAUUUGUGGUUUAUUGUGUGUUUAUUGAUGUCUGUAAAUGUCCCCUAUUGGUAAUCCUGUAAAGUGUAUUAAGUGGCCUUCUGAACUGUAAAUAUAAACUUAAAAAAAAACAGAAUAUUAUGCCAAAUGAUUUAAGACAACCAUAAGUACAUUUAGCUUCACUGCAACAUAUCUGUAAGAACCGAGAAGUCUACCUUAAGUGAGUUUAACCAAAUAUGUUUCUCAAAAUAAAGUUUAUUUUAAUCACU